UAGUAAUGGUGUGAGCGCGUGCUGUGUCGCUUGUGGUGCGUUUUGCGGAGUUUUUUACGGAAAAAAUGCCGAAAUCAAAACGUGCACUUGUAGCUGAAUAACGCUUAAAAAAAAAGAAAAAUCUUGCAUUAAAAAAAUAAACCUAACCUCUCGGACUCCGUUAUCACCCUUUUUGCUCAAUUUAUUUCUGUUGCGCGGCAGUCAAAGAAGAUGAUGGACGAAGAUUUAGAAUCGUCCGGAUCUGAUUUCGAUGAGGAUGAGGAUCCCGAUAAAAUCGAAGUACCCGGUGGAGGUAAAGAUUUAGCAGCCGCCGCUGGUAUUUUGGAUAAAAAGGAUGAAAAAACGCUUCCGAAAGGAAAUUUAAUGCAACAACAAUCCCUCGGAAGAGGUGUCGGAAAUAAUAGUAAAGCGAAUAUGCAAAACUUUCCGAUGUUGGAUAUGAUGAAUGCUUCUAUGGGAAAUAUGGGGCCCUCGUACGGCGGUAUGAACAGCGUGACCGCAAUGGCGAACAUGCUGAGUAGCCUCGUUGGCCCAAUGAACAUGAGCGGAUUAUUUCCGCCAAAUUCAGGGGGCGGCGGAGGUGGCGGUGGCGCCGGGGGCGGAACUUUCAACGCCGCUCAAUUUUUACAACAAAUGGAAAUGGCUGCGAUGAGUAUGAAUGGUCCAUAUAUGCAAAAUCCGUAUCUUCAAAAUCAAAUGUUUGUGGGAGGUCAAUGGCCCCCUCAAUUAAGCAGCAAAGCAGUUGCAUCAAUGUGGAUGAACAACAUGAAUAACCCGAAUAAGUUGCAAGAAGAGGAGGAAGUCGAUGAUGAGGAGAUGGGAGUUGCUGAGACUUACGCCGAUUACAUGCCGGCCAAGUUGAAAUUGGGGAAAAAGCAUCCAGAUCCCGUCGUUGAAACGGCUUCUUUAUCCUCGGUGGCUCCAGCUGAUGUUUGGUAUAAAUUAUCGAUUCCUGAUGAAACAAUUAGAGGCGGACACUUAUCUGCUUUACAAUUAGAAAGUAUAACGUACGCUUCGCAAGCUCACGAACAUAUUUUACCUGAUGGCAGUCGAGCUGGAUUUUUAAUUGGUGAUGGUGCGGGAGUAGGAAAAGGUAGAACAAUAGCCGGAACGAUUUUUGAGAAUUACAUGAAAGGUCGAAAACGAGCAAUUUGGGUUUCAGUGUCAAACGAUCUUAAAUACGACGCGGAACGAGAUCUUAAAGAUAUCGGUGCUGGGAAAAUAGACGUCCACCCGUUAAAUAAGUUUAAGUACGCUAAAAUCUCAUCUGCGAUUAACGGAAAUGUCAAAAAAGGUGUAAUUUUCUCGACGUAUUCCGCGUUAAUUGGAGAAUCAAAUUCUGCUGGGGGGAAAUAUAAAUCUCGAUUAAAACAGUUGUUACAAUGGUGUGGAAAUGAUUUUGAUGGGUUAAUCAUUUUCGAUGAGUGUCACCGGGCUAAAAAUCUUUGCCCUGUUGGAUCAUCCAAACCAACGAAAACCGGUUUAACCGUUUUAGAAAUUCAAAAUAAACUCCCGAAAGCUCGGGUUGUUUACGCAUCGGCCACCGGAGCUAGUGAACCUCGUAACAUGGCCUACAUGGUCCGGUUGGGGCUAUGGGGCGAAGGCACCCCAUUUCCCGACUUCAACGAUUUCAUUUCUGCUGUUGAAAAGCGCGGGGUUGGCGCGAUGGAAAUCGUUGCGAUGGAUAUGAAGUUACGAGGGAUGUACAUCGCGCGUCAAUUAAGUUUUCACGGUGUUGCAUUUAAAAUUGAAGAGGUUCCUUUAUCGCCGGAUUUUGUUAGAAUAUAUGAUGCUAGUGUUAAGUUGUGGGUGGAAGCUAUGCAAAAGUUUCAUGAAGCCGCCGAGUUAAUCGACGCUGAAAGUCGGAUGAGAAAAACUAUGUGGGGACAGUUUUGGUCAUCUCAUCAACGAUUUUUUAAAUAUUUGUGUAUUGCGGCGAAAGUUUCUCAUGCUGUGGGAACGGCUCAUGAAGCUAUUAAAUGCGGAAAAUGCGUCGUAAUUGGUUUACAAAGUACCGGAGAAGCAAGGACUUUAGAACAAUUAGAACGAGACGAUGGUGAAUUAACCGAUUUUGUAUCAACAGCAAAAGGGGUUUUUCAAACUUUAGUUGAAAAGCAUUUCCCUGCGCCCGAUAGAAAUCGAAUACAAAGGCUUUUAGGUAUUGAAAAUAAAAAAGUUAACGGAAAUGAAGAGGCAAAUAGCUCAACGGGGAAACGAAAACCAACUCGCCAAGCGGCUGCGAAAGCUUUAAAACGCAACAAAUGGUCGACAUCGGACUCUGAUAAAGCCUCCGAUUCAGAUCGUUCCGAUGCCGGGAGCGAGUACAAAAUGUCAGACAUAGAAUCUGAAAUAUCCGAGGAACGCAGCGAUUCAAACAUGAGUAGCGAUUUUAAUCCGUUUAACUCAGACAGCGAUUCCGAUAACGACCCGUGGAAUCGAUCAAAGAAAAAGGGGAAAAAGAAGAAGAAAGCGAAACGAAAACCACAAUCGACUCAAGAUAAAAUUUCGAUGCUUUUAGCCCAAAAAAGUAAAGGAGGUGGGGCUGGGGCGAAAGCGAAUGGGGGCACCGCUGGAAAUAAAAGUUACGCUCCUCAACCAGAUGCUAUCGAUAGGGCGUGUAGUAUGAAGGAGGAUCUUUUAAAACAAAUUGAGAGAUUAGGGGAUAAAUUACCUCCGAAUACUUUGGAUCAAUUAAUUGAUGAACUUGGUGGUCCUGAAAAUGUGGCUGAAAUGACGGGUCGUAAAGGUCGUGUUGUCCAAACUGAAGAUGGGAUUCAAUACGAAAGUCGUUCUGAAGUCGAUGUCCCCCUUGAAACGCUUAAUUUAACCGAAAAGCAACGCUUCAUGGAUGGUGAGAAAGACGUUGCGAUUAUUUCGGAGGCCGCUUCUUCUGGUAUUUCACUUCAAAGUGAUCGGAGGGUUCGAAAUCAACGUCGGCGUGUUCACAUAACCCUCGAACUUCCUUGGUCUGCAGAUCGAGCUAUACAACAAUUCGGUCGGACGCACCGUAGUAAUCAAGUGAACGCCCCCGAGUACAUUUUUUUGAUCUCUGAUUUAGCUGGUGAACGAAGGUUUGCUUCGAUUGUUGCAAAACGUUUGGAAAGUUUGGGUGCUUUAACUCACGGUGAUCGCCGAGCGACCGAAACUCGCGAUUUAAGCCAGUUUAACAUCGAUAAUAAGUACGGGAGGUCAGCUUUGGAGGCUACAAUGAAAACCAUAAUGGGAUAUGAGAGUCCGUUGGUGCCCCCUCCUCAAGAUUAUAAAGGCGACUUCUUUAAGGACGUAGCCGAUGCUUUAGUGGGAGUUGGAUUAAUUGUAAAUAACGAAUCUAUGCCUGGGAUGCUAACUUUGGACAAAGACUACAAUAAUAUGUCGAAAUUUUUGAAUCGCAUCCUCGGAAUGCCCGUUGAUUUGCAAAAUCGCCUCUUUCGGUACUUCACCGACACCCUCGCCGCGAUUAUAUCUCAAGCGAAGCGUUCGGGGCGCUUCGAUUUAGGGAUUUUAGAUUUAGGAACAUCGGGGGAGAACGUAAAAAGGGUUAAAACGUGGAUGUUUUUGAGGAAACACGCUACUGGGACUGCCCCGACUGAGUUACACACGGUCCAUGUUGAGAGGGGAAUGGCUUGGGCUGAAGCGUUGGAUAAAUGGUCGGAGUUAAGCGGGGCUAAAGAAGGGUUUUAUGUUUCUCAUCAAGUUAGAAAUAAUAAACACACUGCGAUUUUAGCCGUGCAAGUUGAUGCGGGGGUUAAAAAGAAAGAAUCAAAGAAGGAUCAAAUGUAUUUUGUGUAUAGACCGAAUACUGGGUUGCAAUUUCGACAGGAAAGUUUAGCCGAGUUGGAAAAAAAAUAUAAAAAGGUGCAAUCAAACGAGGCUCAAGAUCCAUGGACAUCGCAAUACGAUUCAUCUGUAACAACUUGUUCGCACGCUUAUUGGCGGGGAAAUUGUCGCAAUGUGAAUAUGGGGCAUGAUUGUGAGGUGGGGCUCCGCCGGAGAACGUAUCACGUAGUUUCCGGCUCGGUUUUAUCUGUUUGGUCUCGCGUUGAAGGUGUAUUAGCCACGAGAAAUGGCUCGCAUAAUAAUAAAAUGCAAGUUAUUCGAUUACGGACUGAUGAUGGGCUUAAAAUUGUCGGGACUCUAAUCCCGAAGAAUUGUUUGGAAUCUUUGGUUGAAGUUUUAUCAUCGGAUGCGGAGAAAGUGGAGCAAAAAACGUUUUAAUGUGGCGUUUAUUAAUUUAUUGGGAUUUUUUGAGGUUAGAUCACCCCGAUUGACAGUAUUAAUUGUAAAAGUCACAAAUUUGGAAAACGAGGAGGAUAAAAACUGUGAAAUAAGAUUAAUGAUGUAUUUUAGGGUACUAUUUUAAGUAAUUUAUAUUUAGACAUCAAAAAGAUUUGUUCCUUACUUUGUUUUUUGUUGAAAGUUUUUUUUUUGUUAAAUAAUAUAAAGUAGUUAUUAAUUUCCCACUUCUGGAAAUAAAGUUUUAAGUUAAUCUUGA